AUGUGCCAGCAAGCUUCAUCUCCUCGUUGCAACUGUAAUUCAAAUUCAACCCAACAAGUUACAGAUAUUUUCGACCCUUUUUUGAUCCCGGAAAACAUCAAACCACCUCAAAAAGUUAAAACGAAAACCGUUGAUGAUGAUCAGCAAUUCAACAAGGCUCACAACAACAAGAAGAAAAAAACCCAGGUUUCAUUAGCUGUAAUUGAAGCCAUUUCUAUAGGGAGAAUCGCUAUCCCAAUGAUCCUCACGGGUCUCUUGUUGUAUUCCCGAUCAAUGAUCUCGAUGUUGUUCUUGGGUCACCUCGGUGAGCUUGCACUUGCAGGUGGUUCGUUAGCUGUCGGGUUCGCUAACAUCACAGGAUACUCGGUGUUAUCUGGAUUAGCCAUGGGAAUGGAACCCAUUUGUGGGCAAGCUUUCGGGGCUAAAAGACACACGCUUCUUGGCCUCUGUUUACAAAGAACUGUUCUUUUAUUGCUUCUCGUCUCUUUCCCUAUUGCGAUUCUGUGGCUCAACAUGAAAAGUAUCUUGCUUUUUUGUGGUCAAGAUGAAGAAAUCGCAACACAAGCACAGACGUAUCUUAUAUACUCACUUCCUGACCUUUUGGCUCAAUCUUUAUUACACCCAUUACGGAUUUACCUCCGUUCACAAUCGAUAACUCUACCUCUCACAUUCUGUGCGUCUCUUUCGAUCGUUCUUCACAUACCCAUCAAUUAUUAUCUCGUAAACCACCUGAAUUUGGGAAUCACAGGCGUCGCGAUUAGUAGUGUGUGGACGAAUUUUAACCUGGUGGCUUCAUUGGUGGUUUACAUACUCAUUUCCGGCGUCUACAAGAAAACAUGGGGAGGUAUCUCGAGAGAAUGCUUAAAAGGUUGGAAAUCGCUUUUGAAUUUAGCUGUUCCGAGUUGUAUAUCGGUUUGUCUGGAAUGGUGGUGGUACGAAAUCAUGAUUUUGUUAUGUGGGCUGUUGGUGAAUCCGAGAGCAACCGUCGCUUCAAUGGGGAUUUUGAUUCAGACCACCGCAUUGAUCUACAUAUUCCCGUCGUCACUCAGUUUCAGUGUGUCAACCCGUGUUGGUAACGAGUUGGGUGCGGGUCGACCAGGGAAGGCCAAGUUGGCCGCCCUUGUUGGACUCUGCUGUAGCUUUUUCUUGGGGUUUUCUGCUCUGUUUUUCGCCGCCAGCGUGAGAAAUUUGUGGGCGACGAUGUUCACUCAAGAUAAAGAAAUCAUAGCAUUAACUUCCAUGGUUCUUCCGAUAAUCGGUCUUUGUGAGCUCGGAAACUGCCCGCAGACGACGGGGUGUGGUGUCUUGAGAGGCACGGCCCGGCCGAAGAUUGGAGCAAAUAUCAAUCUUGGGUGUUUUUACCUGGUGGGGAUGCCGGUGGCGGUGGUGUUGGGAUUCUUCAUGGGGUUUGAUUUCGAAGGUUUGUGGUUGGGUAUGUUGGCUGCGCAGAUGUCUUGCGUGGUGACGAUGUUGGUGGUUUUGGGGCGGACGGAUUGGGAGUUUGAAGCGGAGAGAGCGAAGGAGCUAACAGAAGGCGGCGGCGACGGCAACGGCGAUGUUGUUGUUGCUGACAACGAAGAAAUUAAGGGAGAAGAGUACAAGUUAAUAAAAGCUGAAAAUAAGGAGGAAGAAUCUCUGGAUUUUGGGGCUGAUUUAGUUUAA